CAUGAGGCAGCAUGCACCCUUUCCACGGCCUAUAUAUCCUCGCAGUAGAUCCUAGCUUAGAGACAGUCAAUUACCCCACCAUCCUUUAUGUCGAACCAAGCUCAGAAUCUCCAAGUGUCCAGUAAGGGCAUACAGCGCCCGAGGCUGGUACGGCCUGACAGUGACUCAGACGAUUUAUUUUUCCAAGGAUUUCCAUCCACUUGGGAUCCUCCAACAUUCUGUAUUUCCAAGUGGGCCUUCAAAAUAUGCUGCGUCGUAUUCACCUUUCACGGGGAUCUGAUCUGGUUAUACUACCUUUUGAGUACGGGAGAUAAUUGGGAAGAACUGCAUACUCAAUAUCUGAGCCUGCUCGGUCAAUUGAGCACCAUACAAGGACUUGUGCUUGCCACUGUUGCGGUCUUCAUCUCCUCAAAUCCACCCCUUCCCCAAGAUGUCGACUACUCAUCCGGUCUAUCUUAUGCCUGUUUGGCGGAGUCGCUUGUCUUUUCGUUGUUUGGGCUAUUGUACCAGCUACACGCAUUUUUUGCCGCAACCCGUUAUCAAAAGCGUGCUACUACAAAAGUCAUAAUUUUCAGGCGCUGGAGAAUUUUUUGGCACCUCCUGGGUUUGGCAGUUCCAGUCAUCCUUUUUUUCAUAUCAGUGGUGCUGAUGAUUGUUGCCAUCGGCUUCACGGGUUUUCUAUCUCAGUCUACACUCGUCCAAACUUAUAUGACUUCAACAUUGGCAUUCAUUGGUGCUUGUCAUAUGGUGUCGAUUCUGAGUUCACCGCCAUACCACUAUUUGAUAGACUUAUGCACUCACCACUUUGGACGACAAGAGGGGGCGAAAGCGCCGCUUGAACAUCCGGAGGUUGGGCGAGUGUUCUAGCAGGUGUGCUAAUGGCCACGAUCGAUUAUUCCUACAAAUGGACA